CUUUGGUGCUCCGUAGUCCUUCCCCCUCUCUACCUGUUUAGUGGCUAAAGAUGGCGGAAGCUCCUCCAUGGCCCAGCCGGUUCUUCUGUCACAGAUGCUCGGCAGAGAUUAGUCCUCGGCUGCCCGAGUACACGUGUCCAAGAUGUGAUUCAGGGUUUAUUGAGGAACUGCUGGAGGAGAGAAGUGCGGACAAUGGUUCCAUGUCUACCAUCUCCAGUGUGCCCCAGAACCAACAACCAUUUGAGAAUGUGGACCAGCACUUGUUUACAUUCCCUUCAGGCUAUGGUCAGUUUGCCCUGGGUGUGUUCGACGACCGCUUUGACUUCGGGCCUGGGCUGGGAACAGAGGACAACCGGGAUGCUGAAAACAGGCGGGAAAGGGAAAAUGCAUCACGACAACGGUAUGGUGCCAGGCAACCGAGAAGUCGUCACGGUUCAAGACGACAAGCAGGGAGGCAUGAGGGAGUUCCCACUUUAGAGGGAAUCAUUCAGCAGCUAGUGAAUGGAAUAAUUGCACCUACUGCAAUGCCAAAUAUUGGUGUUGGACCCUGGGGCGUUCUUCAUUCAAAUCCUAUGGAUUAUGCCUGGGGUGCUAAUGGACUAGAUGCAAUUAUAACUCAGUUAUUAAACCAGUUUGAGAACACAGGACCUCCUCCUGCUGAUAGGGAUAAAAUAAAAAGUCUUCCUACAGUACAAGUUACAGAGGAGCAUGUUGCUUCAGGACUGGAAUGUCCUGUGUGUAAAGAAGAUUACAGUGUUGGAGAAAAUGUGAGGCAGCUCCCAUGCAAUCACAUGUUCCACAAUGAUUGCAUAGUCCCCUGGCUGGAACAGCACGACACUUGUCCAGUGUGCAGGAAAAGCUUGAGUGGACAGAACACAGCAACAAACCCUCCAGAACUAUCAGGGAUGAACUUUACCUCCUCCUCUUCCUCCUCCUCCUCUUCAUCUUCCUCUACCCCUCAGUCCUCAAGUUCGACCAGCAAUGAAAACUCCACCGAUAACUCUUAGAGAACCCUUUGUCCUUAUCACCUUAUGAGCUGUUUAUAGCUCCUAGGCCGCUGUACUUCAAAGCGGUGACCUCCAGUCUCUCUCUGCUGAAGGGUAGAGACCUGAGUACAUCUCACCAGGAGCACUCGAGCCUGAUUCAGGGGUAAGUGAUACGUGAGGUCCAUGUAUUUCUGCCUGUUCUGUUGCUCCCACCUUCAUCAGGAAUCUGAACAAAGGAAAGGGCAGAGGCCUGGAGUGCAGCUUCUGUCAGGGGGUUGGUGGAGAAACACAGAAACUUCAAAAGGCUCGAUCUGCCUGAAUCACCUCAUAAAGGAAGAGAACACAAAGGAAUCCAAAGGUAGAAGACUCGGGAAAACAAGACAGUUGCUGUUCUUUUCUUUUUUUUUAAUCUCCAGACUUGUAUGAUUUAAAAUGAUUCAAUUUUGCCAAUGAAGCAAAAAGAAAUGUACAGUUAUUCCUUUUUAUAAGUAGCAUUCAUAUCUUGCAGAUAGAAUGACCCAAAGUGCACUGUAGUGCACUGUUUAAGUGUGCACUUAAGUUUAUUCAUGGCUUGGAAAGAUAUUAGAUUUGAUUAAUUUAGUUCUCAAAACAAGAUUACAACAGUUUAUACAAUUAUUUUAUUGUCAAGAUCAACUUACAGUUUUAAGAUGACCUGAUAUCACACAAGUACCAUUGUUUGCACUUGAAAUGAUGCGUCAAAUUGCAGUAAUUUUGUGCUGUUUGGAUAAUGAUGUGCAUAAUCAUUACUAAAUUACACAUUAUUAUUUUGUCAGCAAGCCUACGAUGUGGAUCAGCUUUUCACAUUAAACACUUAGAAACAUUUCAGUGCAUUUUAACUUAAAGGUAAAUUAAAUAUUUUCUAAAGUUGCCAGUUGAAAAACUAAUGAUUUGCAGUAUGAUUGUGUCCAAAAGAAAAAAAACCUGACAUGAAAAUAAAGAUGGUUGAGUGCUACCACUCAAAGUUCAUGUAAA